CAAAUGUUGGUCCCUUUCCGUCGUCAGGACUCCGGAAACCCUAGCAAGAGAGAGCCAAGAUGAAGUACAACCCUCGCGUCACUAGCUCCCGCCGCAAGAACCGGAAGGCCCACUUCACGGCGCCGUCGAGCGUCCGCCGCGUCCUGAUGAGCGCCCCGGUGAGCUCCGACCUCCGGUCGAAGUACAACGUGCGGUCCAUGCCGGUGCGCAAGGACGACGAGGUCCAGGUGGUCCGCGGGACGUACAAGGGCCGCGAGGGCAAGGUCGUCCAGGUCUAUCGCCGGAAGUGGGUCAUCCACAUCGAGCGAAUCACCCGCGAGAAGGUCAACGGAUCGACCGUGAACGUGGGGAUUUCUCCCUCGAAGGUCGUUAUCACGAAGCUCCGGCUCGACAAGGACCGCAAGUCCCUGCUCGAUCGCAAGGCCCAGGGACGCGCUGCUGCCGACAAGGACAAGGGGACCAAGUUCACGGCCGAGGAUGUCAUGCAGAACAUCGAUUAAGAGAGAUAGAGAGUGAGGAAGGUCCUUUUGUACUCAGUUUGUUGUCCAUUUCGGUGAUAAUUUUGGUUGUUUUCAGACUCCAGAAGGUUAUUUGGCUGAUAUAUCGAAGGAUGUUGCUUUAGAUGUCUGGAAUGCCCUGCUUUUUUAUCUGCGAACUGGUUGGAUAUACUGUCUCCUACUGUAGUAUUUUGUUUCAA